UCGUGCUUGGAACCAUUGUUCAGAAACCCGGAAUCUAUCAGUCCAACAUUCACCGCCGACUUUCCCUUGUCAUGUCACGUUGCGAGAUCGAGGAUGUACUAGAUGAACUAGUUCACCUAGGUGCCGUCAAUAAAAAGGUGAUAGUUAAGCCACCCAAGGUCUCGUUGUUUUCCAAACCCAGAGAUUUUGUGGAAUGCGACUUCGAAGAUAGAUGGGCGAAAUCCGGACUUGACCGGGACUUAACGGACCGGUAUGGACAUGAUUUUGUUCAUCUGAAAGUACUUCGGGUUCAGCAUAUCUUGCCGCCAAUUCCAUUUC